AUGAGUUUACCACAGACUGACUUGGAAAGUACCAAGGACUUUCGUUACGAAUGUGCUAAGCGUAUCGAGGCACAAAUCCGUAUGCCACCCAUGCACAAGGAUUUCCGACUACAGGCAGUCCACAUCGCUAUUAUACUACUCGUUCCUAUGGGAUCCCUGGCAGAUGGUGGCUUCCUUGCCAGCAACCAGGGGUCAAUGCAUUUGCAUGACAACUUGAACAUUGUCGCAAGUCUAGUCAGACACUACUUCCUCAUGCUCAAUGCAGACAUAUCAAAUCCGAACGAUUAUUGCGACCAGGUGGAGAAAUACGCUUGUGCUUACCGAAACGAGUACCGAUGUAUAGUUACAGGUGAAUCUCCUUCUUGGGCAUCCCAUAUUAUCCCCUUCUCGUGGAACAAGGAUGAAGCCAAUGUAUAUGAGACGAGCCUGGUCAUGAGCGCCUGCCAAGCGUUCUUCACCGACGAGACAUGCGACGACCUAUAUGGUCUCUUGUCCAACCCUGAUGAUCUUUGCAGUUCGAACAAGCAAUGGAAUGUGAUCAAUAUCAGCGAGUCAGUCACCGCGGCUUGGUCCUGUUCAUCGUUGGGACUGAGGUGCUUGGGCGUUGGACCAAAAGCUUCCCAGUGUCCGGAUACUCAAGGUUCAAUAGAGCAAGAAUGGGAAGUCAAGGUCCAAUUCCAGUGGCUAUACCGUCGGUUCAGGAAGCCGAACGAAGAAAUGGAUGGUAUAACCAACGAAAACGACAUGAGGAAUAUGGCUGAAGCACAAAUUCAUUAUGAAAAAAUGGGAUGCCCUCCUUUCAUGGAUGCCUUUGGGAUUGCUACCGGACGUAAGGGCUGCAAGCCAAUCUUUUCUGGUCACACCUUCACCGUCACAAUGUCAGAAGAAGAUGCACGCAAGUACAAGAUGAUGCUAGACCUGCGCUGGUUCAUCAUUUCUAUUGCCGCCAUGAGCGGUGCGGCUUGGUACCCGGAACUUCUCCCACUUCCGCUUGACUGGUAA